AUGUUAGAAGCAGAGGUCGCGUUCUGUGACGAUCUCAACAUUUUAUUGAAAAUUACCGAGGAAUUCCUGCGCUUUUGUAUUUUCAACUUGCUGAGUGAUCCGGUGAUGAUGGACGACUUCGAUUCACUUGGACAGUUUUCUGCAAAGGACCACAUGUUCGUCUUGGGAUCCAUUAUGGAUGCUCCACGCUUUCCCAGAUUACCGUAUGCUGAUGCCGUGAAGCUGUUAACUGACAACAAUCAAAAGCUUACCCGGAGGGGCGUCCGAGCAAAAACCGUUCUACAUGUUGCGGUCAGCAGACGGAAAAUUGGAUCUCAACAUUUUAUUGAAAAUUACCGGAAUUUUCUGCGCUUUUGUAUUUUCAAUUUGCUGAGUGAUCCAGUUAAGAUGGACGACUUCGAUUCACUUGGACAGUUUUCUGCAAAGGACCACAUGUUCAUCUUGGGAUCCAUUAUGGAUACUCCACCCUUUCCCAGGUUACCGUAUGCUGAUGCAGUGAAGCUAUUAACUGACAACAAUCAAAUUACCGGCAGGGGGCUGACCAAGCAAAAUGAAGCAUUUCUUGUGGACUAUCAUAAAUCUCCUGUCUUUGUCACUCAUUUCCCGUCCGAGCAAAAACCAUUCUACAUGCUGCGAUCGCCUGAUGGGAAAUUGACUGAAUCUUUUGACCUGCUCUGCCCCGGCGUAUGUGAGCUUGCUGGUGGAUCCAUUCGUGAGCCGUCGGCUGAGAUCAUGCGGGAAAGAAAUCCCUCCGUUAAGUGGUACGCAGAGAUUCGCGAGCGAGGAAAACCCAUAUCAGGUGGAUUUGGGUUAGGCUUUGAGAGACUGUUGCAAUUGUUAUUAGGUGUGCCAAAUAUUAAAAAUACCAAUCCAUUUCCUAGGAAAACUCAAUAUAUAGAACCUAUUCAUAACAUGGUAAAGUUCAAGAGUCGUUAUAUCCUUUUGGAGAUGGAGAAUUUUUCUGGAAAUAAAUUAUCCUUGACUCGCGCAGCCUUAUUUACAACCAUAGCGGAAACUGUCGGAGAUUUUCAUGGUGAUCGAGGAUUUGCUUGGGUCAGAACUGGACUUGUGGUAAAAGUUAUUGAUGGAGACAUUGCAUUGGUUCGGGUGGAGUCGUCAAGCGAAAAAUUUGUAACCAGUGUUAUACCAUUCAUCACCAACAUAAAUGGAACUGAGCUCUUUCUUCGAACCCUCUUCAUCGGCCGGAGCAUCAGAGCUUGUGAAAAAUUCCUUAUCAAAUAUCGACGAAAGGAACUUUAUGGUCUUUUGAGAACAGCUGAGACAGGAGUUGAGAAGAAUGCGAUACUGAAAGCUGUGAAUUCCGUUACCGGGAAGUUGGAGUGAAUGCAGUGCUUUGUUCUCUGCGCUGUAUAUAAACCAUGUUGUCUGUUCUUGUUAGGCUGAAGAUGAUGAUAUGCCAUU